UUGAUAGCUUUUCAAUAUUGCUGUCAGAUCAAAUCUACUAGCGUCAGUGGUGCGUGGAGGUCAUGUUAUGUUUUUUUUGGUUGACAUGUCUCAACUAUAUCCCACGAUCUUACUUUGUGUUUAUGGAUUCUUCUCUAAUCUCCGACCUUCUGAGCCUUUCUUUACUGCGUUUUUGAUGGGACCUGAUAAAAACCUUACUGAAACACAGCUUGUAAAUGAAAUCUACCCAAUAUGGACCUAUUCCUACCUUGUGCUACUUCUCCCAGUCUUCCUGGCCACGGACUACCUGUGCUACAAGCCUGUGCUGAUCCUGCAGGCGGUGAGCUUGGUAGUGACCUACUUUAUGCUAGUGAAGGCCCAGGGUGUGCUGGCCAUGCAGCUUCUGGAGUUCUUCUUUGGCCUCGCCACUGCCACAGAUAUAGCCUACUAUUCCUACAUCUACAGUGUGGUAGACCCGGCCCAGUACCAGAGAGUGACUGGAUACUGUCGUAGUGUUACGUUACUGGGCUCCGCCGCUGGCUCGCUGGCUGGGCAGCUGCUAGUGUCUGUAGCUCAGAUCCCGCUGUUCUACCUCAGUGUUGUCACAUUGGUGUCGGCCAUCUUGGCCUUUGUGGCGCCCUGGUUUUUGCCCAUGCCCGGUAAGAGCUUGUUCUUCCAUAAAAGCCUGGGGAUAGACGGGGAGAAGCCGGCGCACCAAAACAGCAGGAUUCCCAUGGAUGAAGCAGAGGACCCUGAGAGCAAAGUGCCUCUGAAGAUUGAUGAGGUCACCAUGGUGGUGACGGCCAGUGAUGGUGGUGGCGCUAGCAGUGGCUUAGUGGACGUGUUAAGGAUCCUAUGGGAAGACUUCCUGCAGUGCUACUCAUGCCCUGCCCUCCUGGCCUGGUCGGUGUGGUGGGCCCUCUCUACUUGUGGCUACUUCCAGUUGGUCAACUAUGUUCAGGCCCUGUGGGAGAAGGUCCUGCCUUCCCAGGAGUUUGAGAUCUACAAUGGAUACGUAGAGACAGUCUCCACCUUGUUAGGUGCGUUAGCAGCCUUCGGGGUGGGCUCCAUCAAGGUCUCCUGGGCAGUCUGGGGAGAGCUGUCUCUCUGCAUCUUCUCAGUGGUCAUGGCUGUGGCUGUGUACCUCAUGGACACCAUCAGGAACAUCUGGGUGUGCUACACCUCCUAUGUGGUCUUCAGAGCCACCUACAUGCUGCUCAUAACCAUCGCUACGUAUCAGAUUGCUGCCAACCUGAGCAUGCAGCGAUAUGCCUUGGUGUUUGGAGUGAACACUUUCAUCGCCCUGCUGCUUCAGACUCUGCUUACUGUUGUGGUAGUGGACACUGUCGGGCUGGGCCUGGACAUUUUCCCACAGUUUCUCAUAUACGCCAUCUACUUUGCUGUGAUCGCAGUGAUCUUCCUCAUGGCCGGGCUGUACAAGCUGGUGUUGAGGAGAAGAUCCCAGCCAUCGGCCCAGACUGACAGUGGAGAGAACGAGUCAGACUGCCUUAGCAGAGACUCUCCUCCCCUCAAUGAGCUGCAGCAGAUCACAAAUACAUGACUAUCUGUUUAUGGCGCAGUACUAGAGAGAGGAACACGUCAGGACCAGUGUUGGGGUCAAUUCCAUUUCAAUUCAGGAUGUAUUUGAAGUGACUCAAUUGAAAUGGAAUUGACCCCAACCCUAGUCAUCUCACUAUACCGGUGUGUUGUACGGCUUCACUUGAUCAAGCACAUCAUUCAUGGAUUGUGUGCAGGCCUAAAAACACUUGCAGAGUAUAACAUUGAAUGUUAUGAUAUGAUAUGAUAGCCUUAUGGGUUUAAUAUAAAUGUGUAGUUCGCCUAUAUUUAGGCUUGGUUUGUAAUUUACAAUUUUUUGUCACACAAAGCUUUAUUUGUGGUGUAUGUUGCAUAAUGGUACUGUCAGCCUACUAUCUACUUUUCCUUGGUCACUUUAACAAUUGUUGCCUUAACUACCGAAGUAAGUCAAUGGAUAACCAAUCAAUGUUACAUUCUGAACUGCUAGAAAUUUUACAGAUUAUGAAUAUGAAUAGAGUUAAUUUUUUUUAUCCAUUGAAUCAAAUGUCGCAAAGAUUUGAUUGAUCAGCAAUAGAUUUGUCAAGUGUCUUAAGGUAAAUAUUUCCAUCUUAUAUCUAGGUACUAUGUACUAGCCAUACAUUCUACAUGGGUAAAAAAUGAAAAGCAUAUGUAAGUGAUUGACAUGGAGGCCAUACUUACAGUAUAUUAGUAUUACUAUAAUCACUGGUCUUGAAUAUAGGUCUACUACUGAAGAAGUGGUUCAACUAUACUGUAUUAAUACAAAUUAGCUUCUUCUUUUUUACCGUCAAUACAAAUCCCAGUAGUUAAAGCACGGCUGAGCACUGUAGCAGAUGACUGAAGCUUUAAAUCAUGACUGUGCACUGAGAGCUGAUUCUGUGUUGUCUGGUGGUCACUGAAAGACUAAAACGUACUGUAGGUGCUACACGUUACACAAUGUGCUGCCUCCGUAUGUUAAAAGAGCAUAACCUAAAAUAGUAAAAUGAUUAGCAUUGUUCUAAUAUACUGUUAAACCAUGAACGUAUACAGUAGAAGUCAAUAUUUGGAAACAGGUUUUUGUCUUCUUUCAAAAGCACCUUGCACGUUUUUUUCUUUCUUUAGUCAUAAUGAGAAUCUUGUCAUCUUCAAUCAUGUUGUUAACAUAUUUAUGCCAUGCUACUAAGGCCUAGAUUCAAUCAGAUCAAGUGUUAACGGGCGAUAGCUGACACCCGCAUAGCUGAUGUUUUGGCGGUGUAACUGUGUUGGAGCUGUCAAAUCGGUGAGCAGCUGCUCUUGAUCAUGGUCACGAAGCCACACCCAUCCCACUCGCAUUAGAAGUUCAGAAUGAGAAAGUGUAGGCUUUAUAGGAAUAAUUACGCUCAAAUCGAAAAUCAAACAAAAAUAAUGAGGAUUUCUAUCAGCCUAAUGGAGGUGUAGAUUACAUCUCACAUUCCAGUGUUCAAACUUGUAAACAAGGCUGCAUGGGAUUUCUCUUUAAUGCGACUCCAUUCAGCCAAAGGCAAUGUCCGCUUUAGGUAUAAUGCCAGGAGCCGCUUGUGGAUCUGACAGCUCUAAAGCUGUUCCACCUCCGACUUCGCCAAAACAACCGCUAUGCAAAUGGCGGCUAAAGUGGAUCUGAUUGAAUAGAGCACCUAGUUAGAGUAGGCUUUUUACAGAUCAAUGAAUGUUUCUUUUAUAUUUUUACAAUACAUAUUCGUUUUUACUUCAUCAUCA